CCACCACCACCCAUUGGACCGGACCUUCCUGUCCAAGCUUCAGUUCAUCGGUUAAGAGCACUUGCACGCACACGCGUUACACCCUACAAGGUAGAAGGAACGUCAUGGCCGAUGCGGAAGAUCAGGAACAGCAGCAUGACCAGGAGGAUAAGCCGCAGGACAGUAACCAGCCUAUCAACGUCAAGGUCGUGACUAGCACGGGGGACGAAGUGUUCUUCAAGAUCAAGAGGAACACGAAGAUGUCCAAGCUGAAGGGCGCGUAUGCCCAGCGUGUCGGGAAGGACGUGCAGACUAUCCGGUUCUUGUAUGACGGCGAGAGGCUGGGAGAGGACGAGACGCCCGCGUCGCUGGAGAUGCAGGAUGGGGACACGAUCGACGUCAUGGUUGAGCAGGUUGGUGGGAGCUGGUUAUGAGUAGUUUCCCCCCUUUCUACUGGUGUACCUGUCUAUCCAUCUCCAUGUCUACUCGUCUAUCUCCCGUUUUACACCUAUGUCUCCUUUCCCCUAGUGUACUCCCAGCUUGCACGACACGGAAAGCUCCUUGUCCUGUCUUCCCCCCUGCUGCCUGCUCAGCCCCAGGCGCCGGGGAGUGACUGCACGAUAAAGGAUGUUGUAUGCUAGCCUGUGAUGUCAAUGUCUAAACGAAGACGUUCUCC